CGUCCCAUGCCACGUGAUUUGAGCCGACGUACCGCGAGAUCACACCGACGUCACUUUUAGCGCGUAGUUUGUUGUUGGCGGAAAAUAAGAUCCAGCCUGAAAGUCGGAAUAAAGUCUCGUAUUCAGCCGCGGCCGGAGCGAAAGUUACGUAUUUAAUGUUUCAACGAAGUAACUCGUGACUGUACGGAGGGUUUAUGAAGCACUGAGCUGAAUUUUGGGAACUGUUGCACUUUACAACCAACGAAAGCGAUGGAGACGUCUCCUGUCUGCACUGACAGCAUUCAGCCUAACAGAGGACACAGGAAAAGUAAAGUCCCAAGAGAUGUGGAGAUAGAUAUUGAGUUACUCUACAAAGCUGUUCCUCAGCUGGCCAAGGUUUUCCGCAUCAUUGACAAAAUUGGAGAAGGUACGUUCAGCUCUGUGUACUUGGGUGAAGCCCAGAUGCGGGAUGGGAGCAGAGAGAUGUUUGCCCUGAAGCAUCUCAUCCCAACCAGCCAUCCUACACGCAUAGCGGCUGAGCUUCAGUGUCUCACUGUCGCAGGAGGCAGAGAGAAUGUGAUGGGAGUGACGUACUGCUUCAGGAAAGAGAACCAUGUGGUGAUUGUAAUGCCUUACAUGGAGCAUCAAGCGAUCGUGGACAUUAUUGGGUCGUUGAGUUUUGAAGAGGUUCGUCUGUACAUCUACCACCUGCUAAAGGCCUUGAAACACAUCCAUCAGUUUGGUAUCAUUCAUCGUGACAUCAAACCAAACAACUUCCUCUAUGACAGGAAAAGCAAAAUGUAUGCGCUGGUUGACUUUGGCCUGGCUCAGGGUACAACUGAGACUCAGAUUGAGCUGCUGAAGGUGGUGAGGCCAAAGCCGUCACACAAAGGUGGAGGGUCCACAGGGAAACCAAACGCCACGCAGCGGAGCAAAGCAGCUACUAAGCCCCAUGUCAAAGCAGCCGCCACAGCCUCCACCUCACUUCCUCUGCCCCCUCACCAGUCGGUGACUGUGCCACCUUCCUCCUCAUCUUCCUCCAUUGCCCCCACCACAUCCUCUUCAGCCUGUCGCAAAGCACCAGUUAAGAAAGCACGCUCUGUCAUCACCACUUCUUCACGCACUAAGCACACAAAGGAUCUGACAGGGCUACGCAAAGUGCCCCGGCCUGUGUUUGGAGAGAGGAACAUGAACAGCUGCACACCAGAUCCCUCCACCGCCAAACAAGCUCCUGCUAAAAUUGAAUCGUCUGUUCAGAUGGUCAAGCCCAGUAAAACGGAGGAUCCAGCCAAUCGAAGGUAUUCUUCAGUCAGUCGGGGCGCGCUGCCUGCCGUCACCCACGGCAACAGUCAGAAAUCUCAGAGGGCCGUUCAGCAUGGCCUCACCUGUAACUGUUACCUCACUGACCGGGUUUGCAACGUCUGCAUGUCCAGGAAGCAGCAGGUGGCGCCCAGAGCUGGAACUCCAGGAUUUAGAGCACCUGAAGUCCUCACCAAGUGUCCCAACCAAGGCACAGCUAUAGACAUGUGGUCAGCGGGUGUGAUCCUGCUCUCACUUCUCAGUGGCCGUUACCCGUUCUUUAAAGCCAGCGACGACCUGAUUGCUCUCACUCAGAUCAUGACCAUACGAGGCUCCAGAGAAACCAUCCACGCAGCUAAAUCUUUUGGUAAAGCUGUGGUGUGCAGUCGGGAGCUCCCUCGACAGGACCUCAGGACUCUGUGUGAGAUGCUCAGAGGACGGAGGCCGUCACCAGAUGACAAAGUCACACCAGUUCCUGAACCGAGCAGAAACUCCACUGCCACCCGUCAUCACAAGAUCCCAGAGGAUACCCCCACACACCGUCCCACUGCAGAAACACUCAAGCAACACAAAGACGGAGCCGGUGAAAACCCUGCAUCGUUCACGUCUAGUCUCCCAAAACAGGAACAUUCAGGCAAAGACACCAAAACUCGCCUCACAAGGCUGAGCUCACAGACAGGCCACAAGGUGGAGGAAGAUGAGCGAGGAUGGGACAGAGUCCCUGAUGAUGCCUACGACCUCCUGGACAAGCUGCUGGACCUGAACCCCUGCACCAGGAUCACAGCUGCUCAGGCGCUGCAGCACUCGCUGUUUAAGGACUUGUGAAACCGUCUGUUACAUCUGCAGAGGCUGACUUUAAAGAGACCUGACCUGGUACCUGACAGACUAUAACUGUGUAUGUCGAUGGUUCACAGACUGCAGUUCAGAGUUAAAGAGUUAUUUUCCUGGCAGCUAUGUGUAAAUCACAAGAUGAACAUUUUAAAGAGCUCCAGUAUUGACCUAAAGCAUCACACUGUUUUUUUAAUAAAUGAUUGAGUUGUAUUUAUGUACAGGUAUUUUCUAUUGUUAGUCUGAAUCUUGUUAACAUCUGGUCCAGAUGUUGUUUGCUAUUGUCACAUCUGCCGUAUGAAGUGAAACUAUCAAAUGGCUUUUAAUUUGAAGGUGCAUGUGAACACCAGCUGUGUGAGUGUGGAUGAAUGUUGUUGUAUGAGUCAGUUCCAGCUGUAUUUAUUUCUCACACUGAAAGUCUGACCCACCUCUGAUUUUAUAAUAAAGAAUAAACCUAAA